GUAUCAUCAUAUCAAAAUAAUCAACAAUCAUGAGUUCCUCAACCGUUAGGUCAACUAAAUAUAUGUACAAAUCAUCCGGUGGUGGUGGUCAUUUGGAUCUUGAAUAUGGAACAGAUAUCGGAGCCCUUACUAGGCUCGAGGAUAAAAUCCGACUUCUUCAUGAAGAUUUGGAAAGUGAACGGGAACUCAGACAAAGGAUCGAACGAGAGAAAUCUGAUUUAACUGUUCAAUUGAUGAGCCUUUCUGAACGACUCGAAGAGACUGAAGGUUCAAGUGAAACUUUCGCCGAAAUGAAUAAGAAACGGGAUUCUGAACUUGCCAAGCUUAGAAAACUUUUGGAAGAUGUUCAUUUGGAGAGUGAAGAGAAUGCUCAUCAUUUACGAUCAAAACACCAAGCUGCCGUUGCUGAGAUGCAAGAUCAAGUUGAUCAAUUGCAAAAGGCGAAAAAUAAGUCUGACAAGGAGAAGCAAAAGUUUCAAGCUGAGGUUUAUGAGCUUUUAAACCAAAUUGAAACUGCUAACAAGGAUAAAUUGGUUAUCCAAAAGACUGUUGAAAAGUUGGAACACACUGUUCAUGAAUCAAGCAUCAGAAUUGAAGAGUUAACUCGAACAGUGAAUGAGGUUACCGCAACAAAGAGCCGAUUAUCCCAAGAAAAUACUGAAUUGAUCAAGGAGGUUCACGAGUAUAAGGUUCAUUUGGAGAAUUCCAAUCAUAUUAAGAGUCAAUUGGCUAUUCAAUUGGAAGACACCAAGCGACGAUUAGAGGACGAAGAGAGGAAACGAUCUUCCCUUGAAAACCAUUGCCACACCAUUGAAAUUGAAUUGGAAUCUCUUAAAGUUCAACUUGAGGAGGAAUCGGAAGCACGUCUUGACAUUGAGAGACAAUUAGCUAAAGCCAAUGGAGAUUGUGCUUCAUGGAAAUCUAAAUACGAAGCUGAGCUCCAAGCUCACAACGAUGAAGUCGAGGAAUUACGACGAAAGAUGGCACAAAAGAUUUCCGAGUACGAAGAGCAAUUGGAAUCACUUCUUAACAAAUGCAGUUCUCUUGAGAAGCAAAAAUCUCGACUCCAAAGUGAAGUUGAGGUUCUCAUCAUGGACCUCGAGAAGGCCACAACCCAUGCUCAAAACUUGGAAAAGAGAUGUGCUGCUCUUGAGCGAUCUAAUCUUGAUCUUAAGACCAAGGUUGAUGAGCUCAAUGGUAUGUUAGAAAAUGCUCAACGAGACUUGAGAAACAAGAUGGCUGAAUUACAGAAAUUGACACACGAAUACGAGAAAUUGAAGGAUCAAAAGGAAGCCUUGGCACGAGAAAACAAGAAAUUGCAAGAUGACCUUUCCGAUGCUAAGUCUGCUCUUAACGAUGCUCACCGACGAAUCCACGAAAUGGAAAUUGAGAUUAAACGUUUAGAAAAUGAGCGAGAAGAGCUUAGCGCUGCUUAUAAGGAAUCUGAAGCUAUGAGGAAACAAGAAGAGGCGAAGGCUCAACGUUUGGCUGCUGAAUUGGCUCAAGUUCGACAUGAUUAUGAACGAAGACUUCUUGCCAAGGAAGAAGAAUUAGAAUCCCUUAGGAAACAAAUGCAAAUUGAGAUUGAACAAUUGAAUAUGCGAUUAGCUGAGGCUGAGGCUAAACUCAAGACUGAAGUAGCUCGAAUCAAGAAGAAGAUGCAAGCUCAAAUCACCGAGCUCGAAAUGAGCUUGGAUGUUGCCAACAAACAAAACUUGGAACUCCAAAAGACAAUCAAACGACAAUCUCUUCAAAUUAGCGAACUCCAAGCCCAUUACGAUGAGGUUCACCGACAAUUGCAACAAGCUGUUGACCAAUUGGGAGCUCAACAACGACGAAACCAAGCUCUUCAAGCUGAAUUGGACGAGCUUCGAGUUACCCUUGAGCAAACAAUUCGGGCUAAGCGAACCGCUGAACAACAAUACGAGGAAUCACAAACAAGAAUUAAUGAAUUGACCACAAUUAACAUCAACUUAUCAUCUGCCAAGAGUAAAUUGGAAACCGAGUAUUCUGCUCUUCAAGCUGAUUAUGAUGAGGUCCACAAGGAGUUGAGACUAUCUGAUGAGAGAGUACAACGAUUUACCAUUGAACUUAAAUCCACCAAAGACAUUUUGAUUGAGGAACAAGAACGAUAUGUUAAGAUUGAAUCAAUCAAGAAGUCACUUGAAGUUGAGGUUAAGAGUUUACAGGUUCGUCUUGAAGAGGUUGAAGCUAAUGCUUUGGCUGGAGGUAAACGGGUUCUUGCUAAAUUGGAAAGUCGAAUUAGAGAUGUUGAGAUUGAAUUGGAAGAAGAGAAGAGAAGACACGCCGAGACCCAGAAGAUCAUGAGAAAGAAGGAACACCGAGUUAAGGAAUUGCUUGUACAAUCCGAGGAAGACCACAAGAAUGUUACACUUCUUCAAGAAGCCUGUGACAAAUUGAACGAGAAGGUUAAGGUUUACAAGAGGCAACUCGCUGAAACGGAGGGAAUGAGCGCCCAGAAUCUAUCCCGAGUCCGACGAUUCCAGAGAGAAUUGGAGGCUGCUGAAGAUCGAGCUGAUAGCGCUGAAAGUAAUCUUUCAAUGAUUAGAGCCAAGCACAGAUCUUGGGUAACCACCAGUCAGGUUCCUGGAGGAAUCAGGCAAGUCUUUAUAACUGAGAAGGAAGAAUCAUCUCAUUAUUAGAAAUUCAAUCAACCCCCAAACAAAUAAAAAAAUUACCCAAAAUAAAACCAAUCCCCUAAUAAUUAAAAAAAAAACUCGAAAUGAACAAAUUAAAAUCCUUUAAGAUAUAAAAAAAACAAACAUGAAAAAAAUCAAACCAAAAGCCACCCAAGCAAAUGGAGGGAAAACAACGAUUAACCUACCAACUCUAAAAAAUCGUCACCAAUGUUACCAACCAACAAUAAUCCAUCCAAAACAAUUGAUAAUUUACAUUGUUAAUUUGAUUGUCAGUUUCCCCAAUCUAAAGUAAAAACAAUGACAAUCAAAUUAAAAAUCAACGAUUUUGUCAUCAACCGAAUAACCUUUUAAAUUAAAGUAAACAGACACAAGAUAAAAAGGUGAAACCAAUACCAAAAGCAGAUGAAAUCCGUUGAUUUAACAUUGAGAUUAGACACACAAAGAGAGUCACAAAAUGGCCGAAAGGAUUAACUAGAGGGAAAAAAAGAAAAGAAAAAAAAAGUCUAAUAUUGAUGGAAUUGAAAAGAGAAAAAGAUGAUUAAUAAAAAGCAUUUACACUUACUAUUUA